GCCUGAACUGCCCCGUCUCUCCCGCUCCAGCCCCCUGCCGGCCGCGCUUGGCAGCCGGGCGCUCGGGAUCCCCCGCCCCCUUCCCGGGCUAUUUGGCCGCCGAGGAGGAGCGGGCUGCCCGCACUGGGGUUUGCUGCCUGGCCGGAGGAGCCGGUGCCGGUGCCGGGGGCAGCGCCGCCUCGCCAGAGCCCAGAGGACGCGCCCGCCUGCAGGAUCCCCCGGCCCGCGCCGCGCCGCGGGGCUUUGCCAUGGCCGAGCCCUGAUGACUAGAAGUCACCCUCUUCAUCUUUGGUGUAGCUGUAAACAUGACUUGACAUCCUGAUGACUGCAUUCAUGGCUCUUGGAUGAUCUGGUGCACCAUGGAGCUCAAAGUAUGGGUGGAUGGAGUCCAGAGAAUCGUUUGUGGGGUCACUGAAGUCACAACUUGCCAGGAGGUGGUGAUAGCCCUGGCUCAGGCUAUAGGUCGUACCGGAAGAUACACACUGAUAGAAAAAUGGAGAGAUACAGAGAGGCAUUUGGCACCUCAUGAAAAUCCUAUAAUUUCAUUGAACAAAUGGGGACAGUAUGCAAGUGAUGUGCAGUUAAUAUUACGCCGCACAGGGCCAUCCCUCAGCGAGAGGCCAACUUCAGACAGUGUUGCUCGAAUACCUGAAAGAACUUUGUACCGACAAAGCUUACCUCCAUUAGCCAAGCUAAGGCCUCAGAAUGACAAAUUAAUAAAAAGGAGGGAGCCAAAAAGGAAGUCUUUGACCUUCACGGGGGGUGCAAAAGGGUUAAUGGACAUUUUUGGGAAAGGUAAAGAAUCUGAGUUCAAGCAAAAGGUGCUCAACUGUAAGACAACGGGUGAAGAGUUGAAAAAACUGAUCCACCUCCAGACUGAGAAGCUUCAGUCCAUUGAGAAGCAGCUGGACUCAAAUGAGGCUGAAAUCCGAUACUGGGAACAGAAAUACAAUUCCAGCCUGGAAGAGGAAAUUAUCAAAUUUGAGCAGAAAAUCAAAAGAAAUGAAGUAGAGAUUGAAGAGGAAGAGUUCUGGGAAAAUGAACUGCAGAUUGAGCAAGAGAACGAGAAGCAGCUGAAGGAACAACUCCUGGAGAUCAGGCAAAGGAUCCUGCAGUGCGAGAGCAAGUUAAAAGACUAUAUGACUCAAAUCCACAGAAUGGAGAGUGGCCUUGAAGCAGAGAAGUUGCACCGGGAAGUUCAGGAGUCGCAGGUGAAUGAAGAAGAGGUCAAAGAGAAGAUUGAGAAGGUAAAAGGUGAAAUUGAUAUUCAGGGCCAACAGAGUCUGAGGCUGGAAAAUGGCAUUAAAGCUGUAGAAAGGUCAUUGGGCCAAGCCACCAAAAGAUUACAGGACCGAGAACAAGAACUGGAGCAGCUAACAAAGGAGCUAAGACAAGUAAAUCUCCAACAAUUUAUCCAGCAAACAGGAACAAAGGUCACAGUGCUACCAGCAGACCCUACUGAAGUGGAGGCUUCACACACACAACUUGAAAGAGAGACAACAUUUCAGUCUGGGUCCCUGAAACGCCCAGGUUCAUCAAGGCAGCUCCCCAGUAAUCUUCGAAUUCUACAGAAUCCACUGUCAUCUGGUUUUAACCCUGAGGGCAUUUAUGUAUAACAAUAUAUACCUCUUCUGAAGAGGACCUAUGAAGGUACCGUGGACAGUAUAAGUUCCUUCCUUUUUUGAUUCUACCAAUGAUGAAUGAAAGAAGCUUUUCCUCUUUAAGCCACCACAUGUUGUUUCUUCAUUCUACACCCAACGUGGAGCCAUACCCCCUGCACUGAUGCAAAAGAACAAAGGAACUGUGUAGCUACACAGCUGGCAGUGUUGAAGUUGCUGUCCAAUAACUAUUGAUGCAAAACCCUUCAUUUUUAUUAUUGCUACUUCAGAAGUAUUUAGAAAAGUAUUAUUCCAUAUAUAGGCAUAAAUAAAACACUGACUGAGCAGAGUGAAGGAACCUGUUUGCAACUGGUUUAAGGUUUAAUUUAUUCCAUGCAAUCCAUGGAGGUGUGAAUGUUGACCUUUACGGUGGUUUUUAUUUUAUUAUUUUAAACAUGUGACUAAUUAUAUAAUAUUGUAUUUCUCAGUCUGUGUGUGUAUAAAUGUCCAGUGUUUCAUCACAUUAACAAUUCACAGCCACAGGAGUGUUGUGGGGGUGCUGUAUCUUUAAAAUAGUCUCUAACCACUGAUUUUGUUUUACAUUUUGGAUUAUGAUGCAUCGUAUCACAUGCAUUGCUACCUUUUUAGGCUUGAAAGGGACCAUGAAUAUCCACAUCAGAACUGUAACUCAGUUUGAAGGAUACAGCGUGAGAUGAAGGAAUCACCAUUAAAUGAAUUUUUUUCAUUUCUCUUUUUAUUAAUAGCACCAUAAACACUAAAAAUGCUGCUGUAUUUAGACUAACAGCAACUUCAAAUGAGGCUGUGAAAAUAUAAAGGAUCUUUCAAAACAGACUCAGUUCAAAAACAAAAAUUCAUUAUCCACGUCUCUUUUUACUUGGGAACAACCUGGUAAAUGUGCUGCUCUAGCCUAAAGAAUCUUUGCCACACUCAGUUAUUGGUAAGUCUGUGCUCAUGUAUGUUUGUGCCCAUAACUUUUUCUUAUAUAAAAAUGUAUUUGUUAAUUAAUAUAAAACACAAAUAAUUUGGAGAUUGUACUGUGUCCAAGGGGCAUAUAGCUUACUUUCCGGGUCCAAUUUUGCCAAACAAAUGGCCCAAUCUGGCAGGAUAUUUAAUAUCCUCAACUCCCUUAGAAGUCAAUAGGAGUUGAGGCAGUUGGCGCUUCUGCAGUAUCAGGCCCAAAUUGCGUUGCAUAGCAAAGAUCCUAUGUCACUUAAUCACAAAGAAAAGUUUCAUCAAAUCUUCGCUGCAUACUGAUAUAAAGGAUUGUUAAAGCAGAUAAAUGUAUUGAUCCUGAAAUAUUCUGUUAUGCAGUAAGGGUCUGAUCCAACUCCCAUUGAGUUCUGUGAGUGCUAAGACCAUAAGAAUUGUGUCGUCUUGAGCUUUAAGUGCGGUGGGGUGAGAAAACUCAGGGUUUUGGAUGGCUCAAGAUGUUGUUCCAGUAAUGAAAUUUGGAGCCUUUCCCCUCAAUUUAGUGGCUUAAAUUUAGCAUAGAUUGGUGGUGACUGCUGUUUGCCAGAGAGGUCAAACACUAAGUGGGUUUGGAGACUACCAUCCUGUCUUUUACUCUCUUCAGGUUAAAGCUGAAGAACAUCAUGAGGGCACCUGAAGAGCUUUCGCUGCUUCUGUCCACCAGGAGGGUAAACAGAACAGCUGGUGCUCCAGGGCUUCUGUUAGUAAGGCAAAAAAUUCACUGAAAUGUUUUUUUAAAUUUGAGAAAAUCCCUUUAUUUUCCAUCUUCUUGAUGUGUUGAACUUUUUAUUCAAUUUAUUAUUCAAUUCAAUCGCAGCAUUAUAAAGAAUUAAGAGUUUCACUCCAUAUCAACAUGUGACUCUUUUUCAAUGUAGAUUUUUUUUAUCAUGCUUCCAUUUUCAAAAGCUUUUUCAAACCUGGUCAAAGGGGCAUGAGUAGAACAAAAACAGCAUGUACUUUAACAGGUGCCACAUUAUAUACUGGCCAGCAUAAUAAAUAUAGAUUUUUGUUUUUAUUAAAUAGUUCAAUACACAAGUAUCUGUUUUUCUCUAAGUGCACAGGACAUUUAUAUGAAAGACUCCUAUUAUUGCUAAUGGAAAUUAACUGUGAAUCCCUCACAUUGUCACUCAGAAGUAUAGGAAGGGAGAUAAAUGGAAAAAUAGAGUAAGAUUUAGGGUAAAAUUAAAAAAAAAAAAAAAAAAGCCCAACUCUCACUGAAAGAUAAUGGCUCCUGUCACUCAAGCAUUUUUGAAAAUGUUACACAUCUUGUGAAACUUUAAAGAGAACAUUCCAUCACUACCCUAGCAUACAGAAUCUGAAAAUAUGACUUUUCUUUGUGAUUAAGAGUAGAAGACCCUUUAGAGAAAGGAAAACCUCUCCUUGGGGCUAUGACUGCCUUUUAAAAAAAUAAAUAAAAAGCACACUAUGUAUUGCAUUAUGGUGAAUUGGGAUUAUAUGAGUGUGGGGAAAAAAGGAUCCUGUGAUUUUUAGUGAACUGAAGUAUACAGUUUCCCAAUGUGCAUUACUUAGAAUGAAUUGGGCCUUAAUUAUCUAUGUAAAUAGCAAAACUUUAUUCAUUUUUUCCAGAAAAUUAAUCUUUAAUAGCCUGUACGGUAUUAAAAAUAAGUGUCAGUGUUACUUUUAUAUUAUGCCUUUUUUUCUUUUUUCUUUGGAACAUUGAAACAUGCAUGUUUUUUUUAUUUGCUACAGUAUUUUCAUGUUUUGGAUGAAGGCCAUCAGCUGUAUGGAGAUGACAAAACAAUCAUUCUACCUUAUUUAUUCAGUAUUGCUGCUUAUUGUUUUCAAAAUAAAGCUUUCAAUGCCAAUGCAGUGACUGAUUGAAAGCUGCAAUAGCUCUCUUCAGGCGCUUUUUUAUGUUUGUAGAAACCAAAAUAAGUGCAGGUUCUACCUUAGUGUAUAUAAUGUUCAAACACAAGAAAGCUAAUGGCAAUAACUGUGCAUGUGCGUGUGUAGUAUUUACAUAAACACACUGUACAUGCACUUAAGCCCAGUUUAGUAAUGCACUUAACCAUAUGCUUAAAUCCAUCCCUGUUCAGUACAUAGCUGAAGCAGAUGCUGAUUAGGGCUAGUCAUUAAACCGACGGUCAUAAAGGGCAUGAUUGAAAAUCCAUUGAAAUCAAUGAGACUUAAGCACGUACAUAAGCACACACACAUGAUUUGUUGAAUCAUAGCCUUCAAAAGUUCAUUCUGGUUCUAGAGAUAACAGUUCCAGUGAUAAUUCCUCAUUUUAUGUAUAGUUGGUAUCUCUGAGACCUUUAUCAUUCCCACAAAUAGAAUGAAUUUAAGUGUGUCCACUCUAGAGAAUACAGAGGAGGAAGAUUUGAAGAAUAUGUUUACAACCCAGAUGCAGCUUAGGUCUAAACAUAAUCUCACAGUGAUUAGGAGAUUUGAGUUGCUGAAGCUUUAAACAGGAGUGGCAAUGCUCAUUAACUGUGAAGACAAAAAUGACCAUUUUUAGUACUGCUUUGCUUACCUGAAAGAUGGAAAUCUGUAUUAUAUGUAAUUAUAUUAGUUUCUCUUUCGACUGUCAUUUAAAAAGCUUAUAUUUUCUGAUUAUUUUAAUGAAUUGUUAUUCAGUGCUAUGAAGAAAAAUAUUGGAUAUUCUCCAGUACAAUAAAUCUCCCCUGAAUCAUUGGGUCUUUACAA